GCAUAACAGGCAAAAAAAAAAAAUGAUUUCGUGGAAAUUCUAAAUUUAAGGUCAAAGAGUAUAAAUUGGGGACUGAUCCAUUCAUAUUUCAAUUCAUUCAAAUAUCACUUUCUCUUCAUAACAAUUAUCAAAACCAUGACUGUUGGAAGUGAUAUUAAAAGUGGAGAAAAAGCCUUGGCUGAAAGGGAUUAUCUUGGAGCCAUUGGCCAUUUCACAUCAGCUUUAAAAGAGAAUCCUACUGCUUUUCAAGCAUUACUUAAUAGAGCUAAUGCUUAUACCAAAUUAAAAAAUUAUGAAGCUGCUACUAAAGAUAUUUCAGCUGCUUAUACUACUGCACAAGAAAAGGGAAGAAGAAAUGAUAUUGGGUUAUGUUAUUUCAGAUUAGCUAAUAUUUAUUAUUUGGAAAAGAAUUAUAAAUUAGCUGUAAGUCAUAUUAAUAAGGCUAUAGCUUUGAAUGGUACUGAUCCAACCUAUCUGAUUUGGAAAGCUAAAUUUGAAAUGGAAUUAAAGAAGAAUCCUCAACUCGUAGAAGUUAAUGAUGAAGAGGAAGAAGAUGGAUUUGCUGUGAUUAAAAGUAUUGAAGAAGAAGAACCUGAAAAAGAAUCCAAGAUUGUACCAUUACCAACCACCACCAUCACAUCUGAUCCAAUUGUUAAACCCAUUACCGACAAACCAUCCACCAGUAUUGAUGUUAUUAACCAACAAGCUCCAUUAAAAAUCAAAAUCAGAGAAGAUUGGUAUCAAACCAAUGAUACCGUUAUCGUUACUAUUUUCGCCAAGGGAGUUAAUGAAGAUAAAUUACAUAUUGAAUUUGAUUCUCGUUCCGUUCAAGUUUCAUUCCCUACUGUUUCAAGUUCUGAAUAUAGUUAUAAUUUAGAUCCAUUAUAUGCUGAAAUUGAUGAAACCAAAUCAUCAUAUAAAGUUUAUGGAACUAAAUUAGAAGUUAAAUUAGUGAAGAAGGUUGCUAAGAAAUGGCCAACUUUAGAAGGGUCAGGACAAGAUGACACUACAGUUAUUACUUCAUCUGAAUCAUCCACUACCACUAGUGAUGUUAAGAAUGCUGCUUUAACUUACCCAACCUCAUCUAAGAAAGCCAUCAAUUGGUCCAACUUUGCGGUUGAUGAUGUGGAAGAAGAAAAGAACGAUAUGAGUUUUUUUACUGAUUUGUAUAAAGAUGUAGACGAUGAUACCAAGAGAGCCAUGAUGAAAUCAUAUGUCCAAUCCAAUGGGACCGUCUUGACUACCAAUUGGAAGGAAGCUAAGGAUAAAGAAUUUGAAACUAGUCCACCAGAAGGUAUGCAAGCCAAGAAAUGGGAUACUUAAAAAAAUGGUAAGUAAAUAAGUAACGAUCUCUAUUUCAAAACCAACCCCCUCCUUCCAAAUCUCAAUUGAUUCUAUAAUUAUUUAAUUUAUAUACGAUUUUAAUGUACUAUUUGUUUUAGCUAAUUUGGUUUAGUUUAUUUAUCAUCGGUAUGUUCCGGUAUCUACUCCGA